AGCAGCCGUUUUGGCUCCAGCCUGCGCGCCCACCCGCAGCCGUGGCAGCCCCGCCCCCGCAGCCUUCCGCGCCGAUGGCACGGGCCGCCAAGACGCUGGUGUGCGCCCUCGCGGGCACGGGAGCCUGCGUGCUCCUCCGCCAGACCGCCUUCGUGGCUCCGCGCGGCCUCGCCGCCGCGCCCGCCGCGCCGCCGGCGCUGCUCGGCGCGGGCGCCGCGGCGCCUGGCGAGGGGUCGGCCGGCGCGGCCUCCGCGGCGCCCCUGGGCCUCGGCCUCGCCGUGGGGCUCGCCGCGGGACUCGCCGCGGUGGCGCGCCGCGGCGCGGCCCCCCGGCGCGCGUUCGCCGACGCCUCGUGGGCUCGAGUACCACGGCUGGGGCAAGUACGAGUGGGACCCCCUGGAGACUGUCCACGACGUACCCAGAGCACCUGGCCUGGUACCGCGAGGCCGAGCUCAAGCACUGCCGCGUCGCCAUGCUGGCCUUCGUGGGCUUCAUCGCGCCCGACGGGUUUCGCAUCCCCAUUCCGCAGCUGGAGGACCCAGAGCUGAACCUGUACAACGCCCACGGGAAGCUGAUCGGCCCCGGCCUCGGUGAGGGCCCCAUGUGGUGGCUGCUCGCGUUCUGCGGCGUCGUCGAGUCCCUCCGCUUCCGGGACCUGGGUCUCGGCUUCGAGAAGCUCUCCCUGGAGAACGCGGGCGAUCUGAAUUUCGGCAAGGGCUUCCUCCCGCAGACCAAGGAGGGCGAGGUGCAGAUGAGGAUCAAGGAGCUGAAGAACGGGAGGCUGGCCAUGCUGGCGGUCAGCGGUAUCCUGACCCAGUCCGUGGUGUGGCAAUCGCCGCACUUCCCCUUCGUCCCAGGGAGCUGAGGCCGUUUUUUCAUGUGACACGCCGUGCAGCGUAGGAAGGGGCAGGGAGAGCAGCGAGUCCCGCUUCACUGAGCUCGCCCAAGUGUUCUUCCUGCUCAUUUCCGUCCCCAUCCUUCCUCCUCCUUACCCUCCCAUUCCUCCUCCUCCUCCUGCCCCCUUCUUCUUAUGGUUCUUAUUGUAAUUAUUAGUAGUCUCAUU